AUGUGGACCACCGUACCGAAGGGCAAGGAUAUGAACCGUGGCUCUCGAUUCCGGAUGGAGGAUCCGAUGGCCAUUCCAGCCCGCGAUAUAGAUCGUGAUCCUGGUGCCUCGUUGGCAACGCUACAACACUGGAACAACGAUAUUCGUGGUACAAGGUCCCUCAACAUGACGUUAACCCCCGUACACUUCUUUUCCCAUGGCUCGACCAUGAUGUUGGGCGAAGAGUCUACCUCGGCGGACUAUUGGAAACAAUGUGGUGACGAGGCCCUCCGCAACGGCAUCAAAGGAGUUAUUAUGAUGGGAGCCCAUUGGGAUUGUUUUGGCGAUCAAAUCCAGGUCUCAACCAACCCUAACCCCGGCAAGAGCCCCGUCGCGUACGUUCAUCCAUCGAAGUACGUUGACUACAAGCUCAACCCCGAUUUGAAGACCGCGAAACGCUGCAUUGACCUGCUGGACGAGGCCGGGUACAAUGUCAGCGGUAACGACACUUUCGACUGGAUCCAUGAUACGUAUCUUAUCUUGAUCCGUAUGUUCCCCGACGGAUGCCCGCCAUCGACCAUCGUCUCCAUGAAUGCCCGAUAUGACCCCCAUUUCCACAUGAAGGUGGGCUCAACCCUGCGUCAACUGCGCAAGGAGAACUAUCUCAUCAUUGGAACCGGCGGCGCGGUUCAUAAUUUGUACCGCAAUCGCUGGGCCCCGAUGCUGCGCUUCCGCGAUAACUUCGCGCAGGAUUCGCCCCCGGAGCACUGGGCACUGGAGUUCCGACAAGCGGUCGAGGAUGUCUUCACGAAGACCUCCGGGCCGCAAUUAAGACGCGCAAUGACGCGGCUGAUGAAACAUCCAGAGUACCGCGAUGCGCAUGCUACCGAUGAUCACUUUAUGGCUGCCAUGUUCGUUGCGGGCGCCGCUGGCGAUUUCGAGGAUGAGGGAACGCCUGCGAUUCUGGCGACCGAAACGUGGGAACUCACGAAUAUGUGUAAUUCUCAGUUUACGAUUGGUUCUUGGCCAGCGGUGGUCGCAUAA